CAAAAGUGCAAAAUUACACCAUUAAUGGCUCAAUGUGACAGAAUGGAAGACUCAGUGGUCUAUGCAGACUUACAUCUCCCAGAGUCUGUGGCAAAAACUGAAAACAGACCAUCACCUUCUGGAAGAAAAGAUGCUGCCAGCAAAGACAAUGGGCAUGUCACAAUUUCCUGUUUACGGACCACAGUUACUACCUUAUUCAUUCUUAGUUUCCUCCUGCUAAUUAGCAACAUUGUGCUGAUUAUAUUACAUUUUUCUCAAGUGAAAAAUGAAUCCGUUUUGCAAGUUAAGCUUAAUGAAGAAAAAGGAAAGAAUCUGAACCUGACCAGUAAUCAAAUGCUUCUUCAAAGUCAGCUUGAUGACGUUAAACAAAACUUCAGCAUGGUGAACAGAAAAUAUGAGCAGCUGGCGGGGAAUGUAUCUAGGGUCAGAGAUGAAAUGUGCAUCACACCAGAUAAUGGGACAAUGUGUGUAUUCUGUCCACCUGCAUGGAAAUUUUUCAAAAACAGCUGCUACCUUUUCUCCAACGAAAUGCAGAACUGGAACAACAGCAGGCACCGUUGUUUGGAGAUGAAAUCUGACCUGGUGAUUAUUACAGAUAUGGAUGAAAUGUUUUUCCUAGGAAAGGGAGGUGAUUACUGGAUUGGCCUUACAGACCAAGUGGUUGAGAAUUCCUUCCGUUGGGUAGAUGGUACUUCUCAUGACCUGAAUAAAACUCAGUUUUGGUCUGGUGGUGAACCUAAUAAUAAGGAUGAUAAGGAUCCGGAAGGCGAGGACUGUGUUGUCUUAACCUUUAAGUUUAACGAUUUGUCAUGUUCUAAAGAGAACAAGUGGAUUUGUGAGAAGAAACCAAUACACUUCUUUACAUGAAAGUUCACAUUCAUGACCUGCAAUCCAUGAUGGAGGAGCACUAACCAGAAAAGAUAACCAAGUUAAAUUAAAUAAUUAUUUUUCUGUUACUUGUCUUGAUAUGGCGAUAUAGAAUUUUGAAGAUAAUUCAGAAUUCUGGUCUGGAACUGCAGCUACUAUUGUAUAAUAAAGCAUAUUCAUAUGACCUUCUUA